AUGAUGAAGGACAUAGCUACUUUAGAUCACAAUUAUUCUACUAUUCACAAUAAGGUAGAUAUAAUUGUUGGUGCUAUGGCCAAAGCAGUUGAGCUUUAUACUUCCUUGGGGGUGAAACUUGAUUUGAAAGCAGAGGUUGAUGCUAAUAGCUUUGGGAGUGUUGAAAAAUUACUGAAAGAGUUAAAAGAUCUUUUGUUGAAGUGUGAUUUUUCAAAGUCUUCUGUUGUUUCUUCUGAAUCUUUCACUAAAAUUUUUUGCAUGUUAGAGUCCACAAUUCAAAAAGAAUUGGCUCCACUUGCAAAAAUUGUCAAUUUUAUGCCAACAAAUGCCCCGUCUGUGAGCACAGGUGUGCAAGGAGGAGAAAGAAUAAAUGUUGGCAGUGGGAGUGGAAAUAAAGGCGAAGCGCGUUCUGGAGGUGUUAAUGGGGAUGCGAAAGUGGUUGGAAGAGUCUUGAAUACUCAAAUUCCAACUUUUCUACCAAAAACUUUGACUGUAACUUCAUCAACAAUAACAACAACAAGGACUAUCUCAAACGACAUUGUUAUUGGAACUACUGGAGGAAGAUUAAUUAUGAAGAGUUGGAUAUUUCUAAACUUCAAGUGA